AUUGUGAAGAUAAUCACAUAAAAAACCCUAAAUAUCCUAAUUGGCAUUGAAACGUAUAGAGAGAGCAAAAGAAGCGAAAACAGACCAACCACCUGGUCUUCCGGCAGCACACCGGCCGGAAUUUUAUGUUUCCGACCAGUACCGGUAGGAGCUUCGCAGGGCGAGCAAUUAUAGAUCGAUCGGUUUAUAUAUAUGGAUCCGAACAAUAAGAAGGAUUUUAAAGGAAAAUACGAGUUGUCAAUUAGCAGUUUGUAUUGGACUAAUGAAAGACAUGCUCAUUUCCUCAACUCCCUUGAGGCUUCCUUUGUUCGAGCCUUGCUGGAGAAUACUAACGCCGCCCCAACUCUUCCGCUUGACCGCCAUUUGCCCGAUAGUACAGAUUCAACACUUGAUACUCCUAAAGAAAGACGACGCAGAUUUUCUACUUCAGAUAUCAACAUGAGCAGCGGAAGCAGAAUAGAUGUUGAGAAGAAAACUAGAAGAAUGCCAUCCAGCAUUUCCUCACAAGAUCAGGUGGUCCCACGAUAUAAGCAUGGAAGGGGAGAUAAGGAUACUGAUGGUCACCCUAAUGUUCCUCACGAUUAAAAAAGAUUGCUCGGUAUACAAAAUAUCCCAUACCACGAGUGUGAUAUUUCUCUGGCUUGGGCACUGCGCAACUAUUUUUAUUUAUCUCUUAAGUUUAGUUUUUUAAGUUCAAAUAUUUAUCCUCUUUUUUUUUUUUUUUAAUGUAUGCUGUGAAUAGAAGGUGUUUUGUAUUU